AUGCAACUUAAAUCAUCUCUUCUGCUGCUUGCAGCCCUUGCAUCUUCCACCACAGCCGCCCGCCUUCAAGGCCAUGAAAGACGCACUGCGGCUAUCCCUCAGCCCUUUGACGCAGAAGGACUAUCCAAACGUGGAAACGGCUCCACAGGAGGCGCCUGGACCCAAACGCCCAACGGCCAAGGCUCUACUCAAGGUUUCGGCCAACGCACUACGGGCGGUGGUUCUGGCAUCGAGUACUCUGGUAACGUUGGGAACCCCUGGGGAAGCAAUAUAAUCCAGGUCUCCGAAAGCGACGCCUCGCAGUACAACAACGUACUGCAAUUUCAGGGCAGCAACACUGAGCCCUGGACGGUCGUAUUCUGGAACAAGAUGGGUCCCGACGGGAAGCUUGAUGGAUGGUAUGGCAAUUCCGCACUUUCCUUCCAGCUGGGCCCUGGAGAGACCAAGUACGUUGCCGUCGACGACGACUCUCGAGGCGGGUUUGGUGCGGCGCCGGGAAGUCUUCCUACCGAUCAGAAUGGCGGAUACUCCUGCACAUGGGGAGAAUUUGACUUUUCCAGUUCCUCAAAUGGAGGCUGGUCCGGUUACGACGUCUCCAUGAUCCAAGCGCAGGCAGCUGGACAGGAGAUCCAGGGAAUGAAGAUCUGUCAAGCACCCGAUACAGCCUGUUCCUCCAUCACCACUGGAGGUGGUCAGGUCAACAAUGCGUACACCCAAGCCCAAGCUGCAGCUGGUGGUAUCGGGGGUAAUAUUUCCGGUGGCCCUGUGCGCCUGGCUGUGACAAUCGAUUAUAGCGGUUAA